AUGAUCGCUGCCACCGAAGUUCUCAAAGCUUGGGAGGCGUGUGAUAAGACAGACUCAGCAUUCAUCCUCAUCUGCAGUGUCUUUUGCUGGCCAAUUAUCCCCGCUGUCGGUCUUGGAUACUCUGGAUACUCUACACGACGCAGUGGACUAGCGUCUUUUAUGCCAGCUCUGCUAGCUGUCGCUGUCUGUACGAUACAAUGGUGGCUNUUUGGCUACUCACUGGCUUAUGGAGAGGGCAAUGGCUUUAUUGGCGACUUCAAGCAUUUAAUGCACCUUGAUGUGUUGGCUGAGCCUGUGGGAACCAUUCCUGCCAUCUUGUUCAGCGAGUUCCAACUCAUCUUCUGCGCCACAGUUUGUGCUAUCGCUAUUGGUGGUGCAUGCGAACGAGGCAGACUCCUGCCUCUCAUCCCCUUCAUCUUCCUUUGGGCCACCUUCGUCUACUGCCCAUUGGCACAUAUGGUCUGGGGCGGUGGCUUCCUUGGAGAACUCGGCGUUCUCGACUACGCAGGCGGCUCUCCCGUGCACAUCUGUUCAGGAGCUACGGCAACGGCCCUCAGCAUCUACCUCUCGCACCCGCUCUUCCGCUCGCGCAAAUCGGCAGAAAGAACACCAGCGCACCUUGUCCUGCAUAAACCACACAACACAUUGAGUCAACUGCUAGCUCUGGUCACCAUCUGGGGAUCCUGGCUUGCUUUUGAUGCAGGCACUACGCUUGCUUUCAACUUCAAGUCUGUGAUGGCCAUGUGUGUGACCAACUUAUGUGCUGCGUCUGGAGCAGUGACCUGGGCUUGCAUGACUUACUACGAGACUGGCAAGUGGUCCCUCGACUCGACAUUCUUGGGCGCCAUCAGUGGUUUGGUCAUGAUAACUCCAUCAGCUGGGUUCAUCGACAUGGCCACAGCAUUCUUCUUUGGCAUUGUUGGUGCUGUUGUGUCGAGACAGGCUUUGCGUAUCAAGUUUACUGAUCUGGCGAGACGAUGGAAGUGGGUCGACAAUGGCGAUACCUUUGCUACACAUUGCAUCGGAGGCUUUGUGGGCACCAUUGCGACAGGACUUUUUGCUCAGAAGGAAGUCGCUGCUCUUGAUGGCGCGACCGAGAUUGUUGGUGGUGUCUUCUUUGACGGUAACGCAAGACAGCUGGGCAUCCAGAUUGUGGAAGCACUGAUUGGAUUUACAUGGGCAUUCAGUGUCUCUUACAUUCUCAUCGCCUUGAUUGAUUGUGUUCCAGGCUGGGAAGUUCUGGCAACCGACAAGUAA